UGAACAACUGCGUAGAAAUAAGUCAAAAUAGCCACAUAAAAUUAACAUUUAGACAUAGAACAAAAAAUAAAGUAACAAAACAAAACUAAAUUCAACGUGCUGUGCUUUUGUCUCGAAGUCGUGCCAUUCCAUAGAGAUACCAUCACCUAACCGCAGCAACUUGGCUUAUGAUAUAAUAAUGUCGCGCACCCUGAUUCGUGCACUCGAAAGUGUGGGUCGCAACUGUCACAUACGGACAACAAUCCGCAUCCACGGACGAACUGCCUUGCUCAGCGCCGACUUGCCAGUGGCGGCCUUGAAGAUUUGUGCAGUAAACUACUCAAAGCGCGGAUCCGGAUCCGGAUCCUCCUCAGACGCAGGCAGCCCGUUUAAGAUUGUUACCAAGAAUCGUGAACCUGCCGACGAUGAUCUCAAUAGCAUUGAGUCCGAACCGAACUGGGAGUUGACUGCCCCGAAGAGCAAUCGCUUCUUUUUGCCAAGUUGCUGUGGUCCAGCCUGGCAGGGCUGUAAUUCAACGAUGCAGCUGACGACACCCCUCUCGAAGGUAGUGAAUUUCAAAAAGGAAGCCAAUACAGACAACUUGCUCGAGAUAUCCUGCUGCCAGUGUCCCAUUCUGAUACGUGACACCCUCAUCGAACUGUUCCCAGUGCGCGCCGUGGCCAGCAAGGACACAGCCAUAACAUUGCUCACUUUGAGCUAUGACGGUGACAUCGAAGCAGGCGCCUCAAAGUUUGUGCUGGCUGCCAGAGACAUCAGCGAGCGUCUCUUAUCGCUGGGCUACUGGUCAGACUUCCUGAAUCCCUUCAGCGGACGACCUUUCUUUAUGCCCAAAGAUGAUGACAAGUUGUACAAGCAGGAUUGCCGUUUCCGCGGACUGAACAUGAAUAUAUCCAUUAUGAAGAAUUGCAUAGUUAUUUCUCCCGAGGAGAAUGACACAACCCACUUCUCAGGGGCCAUUUUUUGUACGGCGCCCAGCGACUACGAUUCGUUGGUAAAGCUGCUGGCGCCCGACGACGAACAGCCGAUGCAUAACCAACUCUUCUAACAAAAGGACCCCUUAGCCCAAUUAGCUGCCACACCACAGGAGAGUAGAAAAUGCAGCUGAAACCGAUGACAAACGCCAUUUGUGAUGACAACUGUGGUACAUUAUUAGUUCCGGCUUUGUAUAUGGCUUACAUAGUUAGAGAAGAAUUGUUAUUUAAUGCAAGAAUAUAAAUUAUAAGAUUGUUCUGUUCCUACUA